CCUUCAACUGCACAAUUUCAGUCGCCGUGCAACUCUAAAUAGUUGGCACAGCAUACGGAUUGAAGAACUCGAUCUGCGCAGUGUCUGCUGGCACAGCGAGAUUCACGUUGAAGGUUUUCCACCAUUUCAACGCGCUGACCUUUAAAAGAAAGCCCCGCGUCCCUCUUUCUCUCCCAUUACCCUGCACAUGCCCAUGGAUACUCCCCCACAGGAAUAAUCUACAUUCGAGCCUCCUCUACCUCACUUUCGAACAUGGAGAAUAUUCGACCAGACUCUGCAGAUUCUGCAGCCCGCUCCACGAAUCUUUCAACCAUGGCGGACGUGGAACAAGACUCGAGAACUGCCCUUGUAGGUAGGAAGAGAGACUACGAAGAAGCCGACACCCACAAUUCCGAUGAUGAACCAUCAAGAAAGCGUGCCAGGGACAAUGGACAACCAUCCGGCUCUGCACAUACAGGAGAUGAAGCCAUGUCUAUUUCACCUGUUCCUGCGCAAGCAGAUGAAGCUGCCCAUCUCUCACAACUUCCUCCUGCACCAAAUUCUUCGGCGUUCACCAUGCUGGAAGUUGGUUCAGAUGAAGGUCGACUCUCCAUGCAAGCUUCCUCCGAUGCCUCGCGCCCUCAAACAACCUGGAAUACAGGAGUUCAGAGCGGUCUUAGGACCUCCUUCGCUGCCAAAGGGAAAGGCAAGCCCAUUGUCCAGGCACGCGAAGCUGAAGACACAGAUUCUGCUCAAGAUAAGAGCCAGGUCCUUCUUCCAGUUGAUGACGAAGAUCACAGCAUCGCUAUUGAGAAUAGUGAUAGAGAUGAUAAGAGCGGAAAGAAGAGGAGGAUGCGUAAUACUCGCGCAGAAGAAUACGACACCACAGAUGCCUUCGUCGACGAUUCUGGUCUUGGCUUGCAUGCAAGCAACGGUCUACCAGCUUCAGAAACACUGUCCGGUUUCGCAGCUCCACCCCAACCCUUCCGACCGCUGAACAAAAGACGACUGGCAGCGCUGCCCGAGGAAGAGAGAGGCGUCUACAGGAGUGCUCUGAACGACUGGUUGGUAUCCAACAAAAAGGCGAAAAAGGCUGCCAAACGAGCUGUACUCGCUGCUAGCAACAUACCUGACACGGCUUCGAUGGGGAUGGACGACAAGAUCAUGAAGCAGCAGCAAGGUCCCUCGACCUCAGCGUUCAAUGCUAAAGUGGCUGACGAUAUGGACGAGAACGAAUCGGAAAGUGAUCAAGACGAUUCAGAGUCGGAGGAGGAUGAUGAUGAUGUUGACGAGGCAGACCUCAGAAUUUCGCAGAUUCCAGCAAACAUCAGCCCUGCUCUGCUGGCAUCGAUUGGUCCUGCCCCCAAACCUCCUCAGCCAGUUCAGGCACUUAAGCCAGGUCAGAAGAAUAGGUUAAACAAGAAUGAACGAAAGAAAUACAAACGGGCUCGUUUGACCUUUUUAUCACUUCUGAGCAAGUAUCGAAUUGCUAGGAGAGAAUACGAUGCUAAGCUGGGCAUUGUCCAUUCUCCUCGAGCUCUCCCUCCUGACUUCAGGAACAAUCCUAAACGGCUCACCAAAAGAGAGGUCACAGAACUCACAAUGCAGGACCAGAUGAUCUACGCCGAGGUUAUGGAAUCCCACCUAGCUAACAACAAGCUUAAGAGGAGAGACAAGGCUCAUGCCGACGCGAAAAAGGCCUUGAUGGAAUACAAACAUUGGCCGUUGCCCAAUCUCGGUAAAUAUCAAAAGAUCUCGGCCAACAUCAGAAAGGGUAAAACCUGGUAUCCUCGAGAGCCCAAGAAAAAGAAGGGCCGUGUUUUCCUGAGCUAUAAUUGCAACGGCAAACAAUAUCCCCUACCCCCAAUUUUCGAUACCGAUGGCAUCCCUAUCGCGCUGCAAGAUAUGUCCUUUAAUAUCUUUGUCGCGCCAUUCUUGAAGGAAAAUAAAGAGAACUGGCAUUUAUUGGAUCAACGUACUCUCAAAGAGGCGUUCAAUCAUUAUUUGACUACCUAUUACAUGCAAUCGAUUGGGUAUGCACCACGGGUUCGGAAAACAGCCGAUGCUCCGGAUGCCAUCAAAAUACAUGCAGCAAUGCAGCAAAUCGAGCCAACUUGGAAUUUGUCUGGUCGCCCAUCUGCCAAGGUUGCUGCUGUCCCUGCUCCUUCUACUGUUGACUUGGAUGGACAGAGCUUCGCUCAGCAAGUAACUGUUGCUCCUGCAGAUAGCGCAACAACAUCCAUGGACAUAGCCCAGUCCGCCUUCGAAGCUAAUCACGAUAUCAUGGCUUUGGAUAGCGAGCAAGAUAGUCUUGAAGACCCUGAGAUGCGAGAAGCUCUCAUGUUCCUCCAACAGAAAUAUUAUCCUUCAGCCAGCAACGCCAUCCGUUGUCUCGUCUGUGCCAAGAUUGGCCAUACCAGCGACGCUUGCCCUGCUCUGAAUUGCUUGAUCUGCGACGUCGAAGGCAAGCAUUCAACGCUGAUGUGUCCCCGCGAUUUGCCAUGUGGGAAGUGUCGUGCACGUGGCCAUGCUCGGAAUGAAUGUCCAGAAAAGCUUGCCAUGCCAAAGGCAGAUAUGACUUGCGACUUGUGCGGUGCUCGCAACCACGUCGAGACCGAGUGUUCCCGGAUCUGGCGAAGCUUCGAGCCUAGCCCUAACGAGAUUGUCGUUGUCAGUGGGAUUCCAGUACAUUGCUACACCUGCGGUGGUGGUGGCCAUUAUGGACCUGAAUGUGGCCUGUUCCAAGGACGCGUUCUGUCUGGGGAUUAUACAUGGUCGACCGCCAACUUGAAGAAAUACCUGGAUUCGUCAAGCCGCAACCGGGCUAUUUCUGCACCUGUUGAUUACACCCUUCCGCCCAAACCUACGAAUCAACACAAUUACAGCAUCAAAGGCCAAGCUAACGACCCUAUCAGCUUAGAUUCCGACGACGACCAACAAUUCAUUCGUCCGUUGGUAAGGUCUGGCAAUGCGCCUCGAGGUAAUAUCACCUUCGCCAACCAAGGCCAGGCACCGCAGGCUCCAUCUCGAUCUUCCGGUGGUCAAGGACAAAUGUCUUUGUCCAUGAGAAAUUCUCAGCCCAAGCGCGGUGGGAAGAAGGGGCAUAACCAUCCUCCUCCUAGAGCUGUUGCAGGCCCCGACCGAGGACGGAGGUCAGCGAAGAGACGUGGUGGAAAGGCUUGAGAGCCAUCUGGCCGCAGUUAACUGUUCUCGACUCAAUGGCAAGGUCAAGAAACUAUUGCUGCACAUUGCCAAUGUGCUCUAGGACUGUUGAUGAAGUCUUGGCAUUGUCUUCCGAUUGCAAGCCUUGUUGAGCAAGGACAUAGCUUUUCAUUUCCUUUCUACACAUAGCAAGGCAUUAGCGGAUGGGGCAUAUACUUUGCAUUGCAUUCGAAGCGUAUCACAUGGCAUAGCGUCGCAUUGAUUUCGCUCUUCUGAGGUUGAGUGGCGAUACGACUUGUACGAUUAGAG